AAGAUGGCGACGAUCACAGACGAAGAUUUGGAAGCAGAAUUUAGUCAAUUUGGUAUGGAACUUGAUCUGAUGAUUAUAGAGAAAAUGAAGGAGAUUUGUCGAGUUUAUAAAUUGGAUGCUGAGAAUUUAGUGGAGGAAUGGGUUGCUUUCGCUUCUUCAAAUCUCCAACCGAAUCUAAAAUUGAUAGAAGAUUUUAAAACUAAGCUAGGCAUUGAUCAGCGGAAUAAAUCGACACAAUCAGUUAAACAUGAAACAAGGGAUGUUAAGAUGUAUAGCAAAGAUGACCUUCCAGAAUUCCUCUCUGACGAACAUGUAGAUAUGCUAGAAAAGUACCAGACUCCAGAAACGAAGAAAUCAUUCAAGCGUUUGCACACAACUCCAGAGUCUGGCAACAAAAUGAGGCAUACUUUGAAUGGACGAACACCAACAUCAUCAUUCUCACCUGCAAGCCUGCCAACUCCUAGCGCUACUCCAGCAAAGCGCUAUGAAGCGCGGGAAAAUCCUGGCGAAGUUGCAUUAACUUACAACCCUGGAGGGAUGCCAGACAAGAACCUCGCGUGGAGUCAACGACAAACUAUCAAAGUACAAAAUUUAGAACUUGAACCUCUGAAGGAAAAAUUCAAAUACAUGUUUCAGAAAAUCGUCGACAAAUCUCAAGUGUUAAACGAACACAUUGAUAAAAUGGCUUCUCAACUUAAAGAUGCCCACAAAAUCGAGGAAUUCGUUUCAGCUGCACUUGUUCACCAGGAUGAUAUUUCUGUUGUGGGUCGAAUCUGUUGUGAUACAAAUGGUAAACUAAAUUCAAGUUCUCUGGUUCUCCGUGAGUCUGGUACGAACUCGUUUGGAGCAUCAAUACCACUGAACGUGAGAGACGUCGAACAGUACAGCCUGUUUCCUGGAAAGGUUUUAGCUGUGAAGGGAAAAAAUCCAACCGGAACCCAAUUCAUUGCUUCUUCAUUUUACGAGGGGAUACCACCGCCAAAGUCAGAAUCUGGGAGCGAACAAAAUGGCAAUCUAUCAGUUUUCAUCGCUGUUGGUCCCUUCACUACAUCAGAAAGCGAUUCCUACGAACCAUUAAUUGACUUCUUAAAUCAAGUCUUGAAAGAAGAGCCUGAUCUCGUUGUUAUGAUGGGGCCUUUUAUCGAUGCAAAAAAUGACCUGAUUGAAAAUUGCGAGAUAUCCGAAACCUUUCAACAAUUGUUUGCCCGUAAAGUAAACGAAAUUGGCAAAUGUGCAAAAAGAUUAUCAACUACGAAAUUCUUGUUAAUUCCCUCGCAAAGGGACGUUCACCAUCACUCUGUUUAUCCGCAACCGCCGUUCUGUUCAACUGACGUAAAGAACAUCUUAAAUUCGAUAUUUAAAGAGAAAAACAAGAGAGAGGAAAUAGAGAAGAAUAUAUCAGCUUUGCACUUCUUCUCAGACCCCUGCACCCUCGACAUAAAUGGAUUUACUUUCGGGAUGACAUCCACAGACGUCCUCUUUCACAUGGGGUCGGAGGAAAUCGCAUACCCGCCAGGUUCUGCAGACAAAAUGGGACGGCUUGUGAGGAACAUUCUUACACAACAAUGUUAUUACCCGCUGUUCCCGCCCUCAGAAGAGGUUUGUGUCGACUACGAAGUGUUUUCGGAGCAUGCGCAGUUGCCAUAUCAACCUGACGUGUUCCUCGUUCCAUCGGAUCUCAGAUAUUUCGUCAAGAAUGUGAUGGGCUGCUUAAGUAUUAAUCCGGGGAGGUUAACCAAGGGUCUUGUGGGAGGCACAUACACCCGGUUACUGCUGAAGAGAGAGGGGUGUCGCCCUGUGGCCGACACUUCCCUAUGUCAAAUAGUCAAGAUAUGAUGAACCAAAGUAUAAACAGAAAAGAUAAGUGACACAAACUGUUUAAUGAACAUGCAAAUUCUUCCAAAUCCUGGAAAUGGAGCAUGUCAUCUAAACACUGUAUACAAUUUUACCGCCAUGUUGAAUGUUGAUAUGAUAACGCUACGUAAUCACUGCAUU